AUGGGGAGCGAGGUUUGGUUUGGCACGGUGCGCACGCGGCUGCUGCAGGUCUGGUAUAUAAACAGAGCGCAGGUCAGGGCCAUUGACAAGCUGCUGCUGAUGCUGACUGCCUGGCUAACAACAAAACGAUAACUAGCGUUUACAAUCAGCAACUUAUUGAGUUAGAAAGGCUGUAUAUUGUUUCUCUCUCUGUCUCUCUCUCUCUCUCUGUCAGAUGGAAUACCAAAAACCAGCGGAGAUGAACGGUCAUUGUAAUGGGACCGGGAAGCAGCUGGUGACAGAUUUCCGCUAUAAUAACGGUUUCAGUGAGCUGAGCCUCGAGACCAAGAAGACCACUGUACAGCAGCGGAAACAGCAUGAGACGUCCCGUAAAGAUGCUGAGGAUGAGUCCCGGUUACCGGCACUCGAAGCAGCGUACAGCAGCAUCUUGCGGGGGCUCGGGGAGGACACGGACCGGCAGGGGCUCCUGAGGACGCCUCUAAGAGCCGCCAAGGCUAUGCAGUUCCUUACCAAGGGAUACCACGAGGACGUGUACGGUAAGACCCGGUGGGGACUCGGUAUCUGGUCGAUUAAUAGUAGGGAGAAUAUGCUAAAAGUAAAAAAAAUAAAAAAUUGGCACUUCCAACUUGAAUAUCAGUACCCUGUUUUUGCAUUUUCAAUAGCCUAUUCAAAAGCAAUGCAAACUUUUCUAAACAACUAUAGGCCUGUUUUUGAUGCAGAAACAAAAUAAUAAUACAUUUCAAAUACAUUUAUCAAAUAUGAGCAGCAGGAGAAGGAGGAGUGCCAAACGGAUAGAGAGAGGAGAGAGCUAGGAACACACUCCUGCCUACACUGUAAAAAAAGAGUUUUUGGAUCAACCCCCCAAAAAUUGUCAACUGGUUACAAGUCAAUUGAAAAAAAUAACAUUUCUUGAAACCAAAUAUAUGAUUCGCUGCCAACUGUUAUUUGACAAACCUAUUUUUCAGCAGCCUAUUUCUUUCAACACUCAACUUACUUUUCCCCUUUGGUAUACCUAAUAUAUAUAUUUAUACAACAAGUGGGUGUAAUCCUGAAUGCUGAUUGGUUAAAACCGCAUUCCAGCAGGUGUCUAUUCCACAAAUUACCACUGGCUAAAUCUCUGACGUUAAAAUGACUAUUUACUCUGUGCGGUCUGAUUGAGCAAUCCACUGUCUCAGCCGACAUUUGCAACAUUGUUUCAAUAUAAAAAUUCGAUCUCCAGCUGUCCCAUAGUAAUGGGGGUCGGGACGAGACUGACAGGCAGGCAGCGUUUCUCAACCAGUCGAAAUCAUGAAUCAGCUGGCAUCAUUUUUAUGGAUAUAUACAAAGAAAUGUCAAUUGAAAAAAGGUUAAACGAAACGAAGUGCAGCUAGUUUGUAGUCUUUCCAGCUUCAGUUUGAAGUGAUUGUGUUAGCUGUGUUGUUGGCUAGCUCCUCUGAACAACAGUGUCCUGACUAGUGAGCACAUUUUCUAUGCCAGGCGAAAUCGUGCCUCAUUAGCUCAUUGUUAUGGAUAUAUCCAAAUAAAUGUCUCUAGAAAACAGCUUAAACAAAUGCAAAUGCAGCUACUUUGCUGUUAUUCUGGCUGCACUUUUUGACGUGACUAAAUUAGCCGUAGUUGGCCAGCUAGCAAGCAAGGGAUAAGAACGUUGCCAGCCAGUAUGGCAAUGGAACAUUUAGAACGAAUGACUGGGUCGUGUCCAUAGAUACAGAACAAAAAGACUGAACGACUAGGUCACGUCCAUAGAUCAGAACAAAAAUAAUGAACAUCUGUAAACCGAACCGACAGAACGACCAGCCGGCUUGGGUAGCAACCCUAGAUUUGUGUUGGGACUAUAUCUUGUGGAAGGAUGAAAUAGUAUGAAUAAAUUCAUCAAAAUAACGUUUUUAAUGAAAAUAUGUCAAUCUUUAUUUGAACAUAACAACACCCGGCUUCUAUGGCAUUAUCACUUAAAUAUACAUACAACCCAUUUUUUUAUGUUGUACCAAGUAUAUUUUUCACUUUGGAAUUACCUAUACAAGUUUAUUUAAUUGGGUAACAAGCAAUUCUACAAUUUCCUGUUAAUCAAGAUAUUAAGUUAGAUAAACACUUUCUUUACAUAAGACAUUCACAUUAACUGGCUACAAUAUUGUAACCAAAUGGUGACCACCUCAUUAAUGAGCAAUGACAGUACUUAAGCAGAUAUCAGUGCUGGCAGUGAACAUAUAGUUGUAGAAAACCCCCCAGAACACAUUACCUGGAAUGACAUUCACUCUCACGGGUGGACAAAAAGAACAAACCAAAAUCCAAGCCCAUAACAGGCCACGCCUUCAACUCUUCUGAUAGGCUGCCACCGCUAGAUUGCACCCACGGCUAUGCAAUGCGAAUGUGCAUGAGGUGUUGAAAGCAAUAUAGAAGCUUUCAUAUGAUUCAAAAAUCACAUCUGUCAAAUUCGUUAUUUCAUUUCUGACAAAUUGAAUAGAAUAGGUUGAAUGAACCAAAGCGUAAUUUUGGAUCAUACCAAUCAGAAAAAGCACUUCAGAUGAACAAAAGUGCUAUCCCACUUUUUUACAAUGUUUAUGUUUCUCUCAAAUCUUGAAAAAUUGAUUUAUGGAUCCAAAUUACAUAAUUUAAUUUGACUCAACAGCUAUGCCUAAUGUGUUAUUUAUCUCUGGUGUUAUCUGAAGUCAGGCAGUUGCGUGGGUCAAUCGAAACCCAACUUUACACACUCGAUUAAUUUGAAUUUGGCUAAGAGUUUUUCUAUCUUAUUCUAUUCUAUUCUCUAUUAUAUGCUAUAACGUAGGCCUAGGCUACAUUUUCAAAUUACACCGUUGGUAAUAUACCUCAGUCAUUAGUCAUCUCUCUUAGACAGAUGCACGUAACAUGGAUCUGACGCAAUUACGCAAGAUUUUAGUUAUGGGUUUCCACGAUUACCCCAUUUGACGAUUCUGAUAAAAACAUUGUUGCUGUUAGCGCUAAAGCCGGUGACUCAUGCUUGUCGGUCCUGGCUGUAGGAGCUUGUCAAGACUGCGUGCAUCUUCUUUAUAUAACCGCACCACACACGGAUAAUCAGACCAUUUUUGCCAAACACCACUCUAACCUGUAAUCUAAGAAUGUGUGUGUUGGUGUUAUGUCAUUGAUAAGUAUUUCCUUUCACUAUGAGUUUUGUAAUUAGAAUAGAGCAGUCUAUUGUUCUCUUGUUUGUAUGGUCUAAGUCAGGGGUGUCAAACAUACAGCCUUUUUCAGUGCAGCCCUCCAGACCUCGUUGAAGACCAAAUGCGGCCUCCGGGCAAAAUUAGUUUGACACCCCUGGUCUAAGUCUUUUCCCCACCUCCAACCACCUGUUACUCAACCUCUGGUCUGUGGACCAGAGGUUGAACAAUACUGAUAAGACUUUUAUAACAACUUGAUGAACUCUCUCUCUUUCUCUCUCUCUCCAGACAUCCUGAAUGAUGCCAUAUUUGACGAGGACCAUGACGAGAUAGUGAUAGUAAAAGACAUUGACAUGUUCUCUCUCUGUGAACACCACCUUGUACCCUUUUUUGGCAGGGUAAGACUGGGGGUCUAAAGAGAGAAAGUGAAGUGGGGAGUGGCUGACAGAAUAGCAGAGCAAAGAAUGGCAGAGAGAGAGUGUGUUCUGUUGGAAAGAAAGGGGGGGGGGGGGGGGGGGGGGGGGGGGGGUUAUUGGGUUCUUUGUCCUGGAUAGGGAGCAAUGGGACACACUCACGCAGAAAGACAGACGCACGCACACACAGUGAGUAGGCUUAGCACACAGUAGCUUUGAUGCCAGUCUGGUGUUGUGUGUAGAGUUGACAAACAGUAUGAAUAUACUGUGUGUUGAGCAGGUCACCUGUGAAACUCUGCUCUGGUUGUUUGAACUCUGACCUGUAUUUCUACUCUGUUUCAUUGACCCAGGUACAUAUCGGAUACCUGCCAAAUAAGAAGGUGGUCGGGCUUAGCAAGCUGGCUAGGUGGGUGUACAGUACACACACACGCACAACUGACACACACACACACACACACCACACACACACACACACACACACAACGGACACACACAGUCCAUAUGUAGUGUGUGAAUUGGAGAAGCUGGUUGGCUCAUGAGAGGGGCAGGGAAUGGUCAGGCUACCCGAGUGUGUAUGUUUGUGCUGGGUGGCUGAGUUCUUCUGUUAUUUCAGUUCUUUGACCUGGAGGCUUAGACUGUAAGCCCUACUGCUAAUAUCCUGUCUCACCCCAGACACACACACACACACACACACACAGAGGGACAAUACCCAGACCUAGCCGCUCCCAGACCAUGAGAAAAUCCCUCCAGACCAGUGGGAAUCAUUCUUCUAUUAUCACAGGCUCUCUCGCUCUCGUCAUCUCUCUCUCUCUCUCAUCCUCUCUUUUGCACUCUGUCUCUUUCUCUCCUCAUACUUUAUAGCCCUUCAACCCUUUUGUAUAUUUCUCUCCAAACAUGCACACUGAUCAGAUCUUGCCUAACAAUUUCAGAGAAUGUUUUGGCAGGCAGUGAAUGAUUGACAAGUUGAUAGAAUGAUUGACAGAUGGUGUAUCAGGUCAUCUCUGUAUUUAUAAAGACAUUAAUCGUUAUUAAACCUGCUCACCAAUUAGGCAUAUAUGUUUGAUGGUCUUCUACUGUAUUAUAUUGUUGUUCAGUGUGUGUGUGUGGUGUGCGUGCGCAUCAGUGGAGGCUGGUGGGAGGAGGUAUAGGAGAACUGGCUCUGUGUGAUGGCUGGAAUGGAAUAAAUGGAACAGUAUCAAACACAUCAAACAUAUGUAAACCACUUUUGACUCAGUUCCAUUCUCUUUCCCCAGCCAUUACACAGAGCCCGUCCUCCUAUAGCUCUUCCCACCAGCCUCCACUGGUGCACGUGUAUGUUCUUACUGUGAUAGUAACUGUUUAUUGUUCGUUGUGUGUGUGUGUGUGUGUGUGUCUGUAGGAUUGUUGAGAUGUACAGUCGGAGGCUCCAAGGUAAGAAUGACAGAGUGCUUACUCAAAUAUACAUACACAGUACAUAUGCUGUAGUUCAAAGGACAUAUACAUAAACAUAUUACCUUGAAACAUUACUGUAAGAAAUAUCCAACAUUCUGUGCGUGUGCCCUGUUCCCCUCCCCAGUCCAGGAGCGUCUGACCAAGCAGAUUGCCAUGGCGAUAUCAGAAGCUCUACAGCCAGCUGGAGUGGCUGUGGUUAUAGAGGCAGCGUGAGUACUACACACUCUCACUCACUUGGAAUGUUUGGAUUAUUAGCUGCUUGAAGUUCCGGACUUAUAAAUCACAUGUUAAUCACGUUAAUCAGGAGAGUAAAACAUGGCAUUCUUGUGUUGGCAUGUAUAUAAUAAUGAUGUGUGUGUGUGUACCAGGCACAUGUGUAUGGUGAUGCGUGGGGUUCAGAAGAUGAACAGUCGAACGGUGACCAGCUGCAUGUUGGGGGUGUUCAGAGAAGAUCCAAAGACACGAGAAGAGUUCCUACGACUCACCAAGAAUGCCUAG